AAAGAAAAAAAAAAAAAAAUUUUAAAAUAAAAUUAGGCUAAACCAAUACUGAUAAGUGAGCUAGGCGAGACAAUAUGGUUGCGACUACUUGUCAUCUUAUUUACAUAUGUGCGAGCAAUCUAUAUAACUACAUAUAUCAUUGGUAAAAUUUUGAGUAAACAUAAAACAUAACCUCCAAAAUUUUCAUCAUUCCAUUUUAACAUUUUUCAUAUUACAUAAAUUCAUUAAAAUGUUUUAAAUUUUCAGUGUUGUGAUAUGUAUUCAUUUUCUCAUUUAAUUAGAAUUCAAUCAAUAAGUAUUUUUAAUCAUUUUAGUUCAAAAAGCAAAACCCAUUACGACGUCCUUAAUUUGCCAAGAAACUGCACAUCUAAAGAAAUUAAAGAAGCGUUUAUAAAGUUAUCAAAAGAGAAUCAUCCAGAUUUAAACAAGAAUAAAGAUGCACAUAAAAAGUUUUUAGCUUUAAAUGAAUCGUAUAAAGUUUUAAGCAAUGCAGUUUCCAGAAGAAAUUACGAUUUAAGCUUAAUACCUGAUAAGGAAGUUACCCGUCCUGGUCCACAAAUUUUCACAAGAUCCGGAUCUAGUGGUUGGAAUGAUCCAACGUUUUAUUCAAAUCGAAACAAGAAGGAAGACAAGCAAUAUGAGCAAAAACCGUAUUAUGGUAUUAAAGGACAGGAGAGAGUUUCAAAUGUGAAAGUUGUUUCGAUAUGUGUGUGUAUGGCCAUCUUUUUAGUUAGCCUUCAAUUUUUUCUAAUUGCGAAAUCAGCUACAUUUCAACGAGACCAUUUAAUUAAAAGAUCGCAAGAAACUGAAGAUGAAUGGAAGUUACUUAAAAAAACGGUUGAAGAGAACGGCAACAAUUUGCAAAUUGAGAUUUUAAAAUCAAAGUUUGCAGAAAAAAAUCAAAGUGAUAAAAAAGAUCGGUGA